AUGUAUCCGUCGGCCCAUCCGGACGUGUAUAACAAAUUCAGCAGCUCCGGGGCUCCGCCAACGGCGCCGCCGCCGGCAGCGUACCAGCAGCAGCACGGGGCGAACAUGAACCCUUCACGCCCCGGCGGCGGGCUGAGGAAAUGGUCCACCGGCCUUUUCCACUGCAUGGACGACCCGGGGAACUGUCUCAUCACAUGCCUGUGCCCCUGCAUCACGUUCGGGCAGAUCGCUGACAUCGUGGACAAAGGCACCUGCCCAUGUCUCGCGAGUGGACUGAUCUAUGGGCUCAUCUGCGCCUCGACGGGGAUGGGGUGCCUGUACUCGUGCCUCUACCGGUCCAAGCUGAGGGCCGAGUACGACGUGGACGAAGGGGAGUGCCCGGACUUCCUGGUGCACUGCUGCUGCGAGCACCUGGCGCUGUGCCAAGAGUACCGCGAGCUCAAGAACCGCGGGUUCGACCUGGGGAUCGGUUGGGAGGCCAACAUGGACCGGCAGAGGAGAGGAGUUGCCGGCGGCACCGUGAUGGGGGCGCCGGCCAUACCGCUCGGCAUGAUUAGGUAG